UAUGUUUAUGUGUUUGUUUGAAGGGAAAUGCUUGAUGGACAAUUUUCUAGGGAAAAACAAUGUUUUGUUGUGUUGGAAAACUUGUAGCAUUCUUCUUCAGAGUGAAAAUGUGUUCUGCAUAGUAUUUUUCCUUUUUUCCGGGAUUUUUGGAGCUUGUGAGAGGUGUGUCACAGCUAGGUCUUGGUUAUUUGUGUAUUUGAUGCAUGUUUGGGUGCUUUUGCAUUAAAUGAUGUGAAGCAUUUGGUUCUGUGGCCCUGUGUUUGAUGAAAUUAUUCAGUUCCUAGACAUGAGAAAGGAUUUUCAGUCAAAAAGAUUCCAACAGUUUGAGAAGAGCCGAUGUCUCAACGAAAGGAGGGUUUUGAAAGGAGCUGGAAGAAUGACAAAAAAUGUUAUAGGAUUGCAAAAUGAGCUAGAUGAAAAGGAUCUUUCUCACAUAAUGUGGUGGAAGGAGAGGAUGCAAAUGUGUAAAAAGCCGUCCACUGUCCACCUUGUUAAAAGGCUUAUAUAUUCCAAUUUGCUAGGAGUGGAUCCUAACUUGAAAAAUGGGAAUCUAAAAGAAGGAACGCUGAACUGGGAGAUGUUGCAGUUCAAGUCAAAGUUUCCUCGUGAAGUUUUACUCUGCAGAGUAGGGGAUUUUUAUGAAGCCAUCGGAAUUGAUGCUUGUAUUCUUGUUGAAUAUGCUGGUUUGAAUCCUUUUGGUGGUUUGCGCUCAGACAGUAUACCAAGAGCUGGCUGCCCAGUCAUGAAUCUACGACAAACUUUGGAUGACCUGACACGUAGCGGGUAUUCAGUUUGCAUAGUGGAGGAAGUUCAGGGUCCAACUCAAGCUCGUUCUCGUAAAGGUCGUUUUAUCUCUGGGCAUGCGCAUCCGGGUAGUCCUUAUGUAUUUGGACUUGUUGGGGUUGAUCAUGAUCUUGAUUUUCCAGAACCAAUGCCUGUAGUUGGAAUUUCUCGUUCUGCGAAGGGUUAUUCUAUAAUUUUAGUCCUUGAGACUAUGAAGACGUUUUCAGUAGAGGAUGGUCUGACAGAAGAGGCUUUAGUUACCAAGCUUCGCACUUGUCACUACCAUCAUUUAUUGCUGCAUACAUCUCUGAGACGCAACUCCUCAGGUACUUGUCGUUGGGGAGAAUUUGGUGAGGGAGGACUAUUAUGGGGAGAAUGUAGUGCUAGACACUUUGAAUGGUUUGAAGGGGAUCCUGUAUCUCAACUUUUGUUUAAGGUGAAGGAGCUCUAUGGUUUUGAUGAUCAAGUUACAUUUAGAAAUGUCACUGUGUCUUCAGAGAAAAGACCCCGUUCUUUACACCUUGGCACAGCUACACAAAUUGGUGCCAUACCAACAGAGGGCAUACCGUGUUUGUUAAAGGUGUUGCUUCCAUCAAAUUGCACUGGUCUACCUCUUUUGUAUGUUAGAGAUCUUCUUCUCAACCCUCCUGCUUAUGAGAUUGCAUCCAUAAUUCAAGCAACAUGCAGACUCAUGAACAAUGUAACGUGCUCGAUUCCUGAGUUUACUUGUGUUUCCCCUGCAAAGCUUGUGAAGCUACUUGAGCUUAGGGAGGCUAAUCAUAUUGAGUUCUGCAGAAUAAAAAGUGUACUUGAUGAAAUAUUGCAGAUGCAUAGAAACUCUGAUCUUAACAAAAUCCUUAAAUUAUUGAUGGAUCCUACCUGGGUGGCAACUGGAUUGAAGAUUGACUUUGACACAUUGGUGAACGAAUGUGAAUGGAUUUCAGCUAGAAUUGGUAAAAUGAUCUUUCUUGAUGGUGAAAAUGAUCAAAAGAUAAGUUACCAUCCUAUCAUUCCAAAUGACUUUUUUGAGGACAUGGAAUCUCCUUGGAAGGGUCGUGUGAAGAGGAUCCAUGUAGAAGAAGCAUUUGCUGAAGUGGAAAGAGCAGCUGAGGCAUUAUCUUUAGCUAUCUCCGAAGAUUUUCUACCUAUUAUUUCAAGAAUAAAAGCUACCACAGCCCCACUUGGAGGUCCAAAAGGAGAAGUUGUAUAUGCUCGAGAGCAUGAAGCUGUUUGGUUCAAGGGAAAACGUUUUGCACCAGUUGCAUGGGCAGGUACUCCAGGGGAAGAACAAAUUAAGCAGCUUAGACCUGCUAUAGAUUCAAAAGGUAGAAAGGUUGGAUUGGAAUGGUUUACCACAGUGAAGGUGGAGGAUGCACUAACAAGGUACCAUGAGGCUGGGGACAAGGCAAAAGCAAGGGUCUUGGAAUUGUUGAGGGGACUUUCUGCGGAGUUACAAACUAAAAUUAACAUCCUUAUCUUUGCUUCCAUGUUGCUUGUCAUUGCAAAGGCAUUAUUUGCUCAUGUGAGUGAAGGGAGAAGAAGGAAAUGGGUUUUCCCCUCUCUUGUAGAGUUGCAUAGGUCUAAGGACAUGGAACCUCUGGAUGGAGCUAAUUGGAUGAAGAUAACUGGUUUAUCACCAUAUUGGUUGGACGUGGCACAAGGCAGUGCUGUGCAUAAUACAGUUGAUAUGAAAUCAUUGUUUCUUUUGACAGGACCUAAUGGGGGUGGUAAAUCAAGUUUGCUUCGAUCAAUUUGUGCAGCCGCAUUACUUGGAAUAUGUGGAUUUAUGGUGCCUGCAGAAUCGGCCUUGAUUCCUCAUUUUGAUUCUAUUAUGCUUCACAUGAAAUCUUAUGAUAGCCCAGCUGAUGGAAAAAGUUCAUUUCAGAUUGAAAUGUCAGAGAUGCGAUCCAUAAUCACUGGAGCCACUUCAAGAAGCCUGGUGCUGAUAGAUGAAAUCUGCCGAGGAACAGAAACAGCAAAGGGGACAUGUAUUGCUGGUAGCAUAGUUGAAACUCUUGAUAAGAUUGGUUGUCUGGGUAUUGUAUCCACUCACUUGCAUGGUAUAUUUACCUUGGGACUGAAUACUAAGAAUGCUAUUUGUAAAGCAAUGGGAACUGAAUAUGUUGAUGGCAAAACAAAACCGACCUGGAAGUUGAUAGAUGGAAUCUGUAGAGAAAGCCUUGCCUUUGAAACAGCUCAGAAGGAGGGAAUUCCUGAAACAAUUAUCCGAAGAGCAGAAGAGCUGUAUCUUUCAAUCCAUUCAAAAGACUUGUUAUCAGGAAGAAAUGAAACAGAACUGGGACAUUUUUGUCUUGAUACAACUGUAAAUACUUCAGGUGAAGUCUAUAAUCAAUUAAGUAGAAUUACAGGGGGAACUAUUUGUCCUAAAAUUGAGUCAACAAAUGAAAUGGAAGUCUUACAUAAGAAAGUUGAGAGUGCAGUCACCAUUGUUUGCCAAAAGAAGCUGAAGGAGCUCUAUAAGCAGAAAAACACGUCAAAACUUCCAGAGAUAAACUGUGUGGCCAUUUUGCCAGGGGAACAGCCGCCGCCAUCAACAAUUGGUGCUUCAAGUGUGUAUGUGUUGUUUAGCACUGAUAAGAAACUUUAUGUUGGAGAGACAGAUGAUCUUGAAGGCAGAGUCCGUGCGCAUCGAUCAAAGGAAGGAAUGCAGAAGGCCUCAUUCCUUUAUUUUGUGGUCCCAGGGAAGAGCUUGGCAUGCCAACUCGAAACGCUUCUCAUCAACCAGCUCCCUGUCCAGGGGUUCCAACUGGUCAAUAGAGCUGAUGGUAAACAUCGAAAUUUUGGCACAUUGGAUCACUCCGUGGAAGUUGUGACCUUGCAUCAAUGAGCCUGCGCUCCUUGCCACCCAUUUUGUAGAAUGGUUCCAUCUUUGAAAUAUGUACUUGAAUGACAAAAACCAGAUGAAAGUGGCUGCAGCAAUUUUGGUUUUUUGAUGUACGUUGCUCCACUUGCAUUAGUAUUAUCUACCUGAUGAAAUAUGCAUUGAUAUUGCUUGCUCUACA